GCUCCCUUCUGAUAGGCCUCCCUGCCUGUGCCGUAGAGCUCUCUGCUGAGAUGGAUGAUGGAGGUAUUAACAAGGAACUGAAGCAGAAGUUAAACUUUUCCUACUGUGAAGAAGAGGGUGAGCAUGAAGGGCAGGAGGAAGCACAAGAGAACAGCGAGGCCCAGAGCCAAACCCCAGACAAGUCUCAAGUUCAGGAGACAGAGGCAAAGUGCACCCCCCCCAGACCUUCCCUCAGUAGCAUUCAUGAAAUCGGUACAUUUCAGGAAACAGACAAGAUGAGUCCCAAUCAGGGUCUGAGGACUCCAGUGUCACACUCUCGAAAAUGUCCUGAGACACCAGCCCAGCCAGAUAGCAGGAGCAAGCUGCUGCAUUGUGAGAGCCCCUUCACUCCCAAAUGUCUGCUGAGCCAGUCAGUGAUUUCUUCAACAGAGAAGCUCCCCUCCCGAGGCUCUAGGCACUUGAGGCUCACACCUAUUCCCCUUGUGGAUGAGAUGACCUCAUCAGCUCUGGUCAAUAUUAAUCCCUUUACGCCAGAGUCCUAUAGAAAACAAUUCCUUCAAUCCAAUGGCAAGAGGAAAGCCCGAAGAGAUCUUGGAGAAGCUGGUCCAGGGGAAAGCGAUGUAGAACCAGGGCUGCCUGCCAAGAGAUGUGUUCUACGAGAAACCAACAUGGCUUCCCGCUACGAGAAAGAAUUCUUGGAGGUAGAAAAAAUUGGAGUUGGUGAAUUUGGUACAGUCUACAAGUGUAUUAAGAGGCUGGAUGGAUGUGUUUAUGCAAUAAAACGUUCCAUGAAACCUUUUGCAGGAUCAUCAAAUGAGAGUUUGGCUUUGCAUGAAGUUUACGCUCAUGCAGUGCUUGGGCAUCACCCCCAUGUGGUACGUUACUACUCUGCAUGGGCAGAAGAUGACCACAUGAUCAUUCAGAAUGAAUACUGCAACGGUGGGAGUUUGCAGGCUGCUAUAUCUGAAAACACAAAGUCUGGCAAUCAUUUCCAAGAGCCGAAACUCAAGGACAUCCUUCUGCAGAUUUCCCUUGGGCUUAAGUACAUCCACAACUCUGGCAUGGUGCAUCUGGACAUCAAACCUAGUAACAUCUUCAUUUGUCAUAAGAUGCAAAGUGAUUCUCCUGUAGCCCCAGAAGAGAUUGAAAAUGAAGCUGACUGGUUUCUCUCUGCCAAUGUGAUAUAUAAAAUUGGUGACUUGGGUCAUGUGACAUCAAUAAACGAACCAAAGGUAGAGGAGGGAGAUAGUCGCUUCCUGGCUAAUGAGAUUUUACACGAGGAUUAUCGGCACCUUCCCAAGGCAGACAUAUUUGCCUUGGGAUUAACAAUUGCAGUGGCUGCCGGAGCAGAGUCGUUACCCAGCAAUGGUGCCAUGUGGCAUCACAUCCGUGAGGGUAACCUUCCAGACCUUCCUCAGGAACUCUCAGAAGAAUUUUGCAUUCUACUCAAGAACAUGAUCCACCCUGACCCAAGGGAGAGACCUUCUGCAGCAGCUCUGGCCAGAAGUCGAGUUCUCCGGCCCUCCCUUGGGAAAGCAGAAGAGCUCCAGCAUCAGCUUAACUUGGAAAAGUUCAAGACAGCCACACUGGAAAGGGAACUGAGAGAAGCUCAGCAGGCCUGUUCCCCCCAGGAAGAACAUGGUGACCCUGGGGUCUCUGGGACCCCCACAGGACCAAGAAGCACCAAACGCCUGGUGGGAGGAAAAAGUGCAAAGUCUUCCAGCUUCACCUGUGGGAAGUCUUCCCCAUAAGAACUCCCUUCACACCAACCCUCCUUCUGACUUAUAGCUUCCAGAAAUAGAUAUUGACUGUGUCCAUCUUCCUCUUACAAAUGGGGAGAUUAACCAACUUGAAUGCCCAAAGAUUUCAAAAGCUACUCAUAAUUUAGCAUUCACUGCCAAGAUCCUAAAGCUAGUAAGCCUCGUAUUAGUGGUGGUGCCACGUACAAUCAUGGGCAGCCAUUUCUCUUCUCGGUUAUAUUCCCAAGGCCACGUCACCACGGUCACGUUUCACAUUCAUGCCUAAUGGGAAAGCAUGUGUCUCUGAACUAAACAAGAGGGAGCAAGGCCCUCGGCACAGCCUGUGGACUGCAGGGCUGUGGUAGCUGACUGCCUCCCAAGGAACAGGACAUUCCCUGCACGUAGAAAGGGGUAUAAUUUUGUCUUGAGUUGAGGUAACAGCUUAUAAUAAAAUGUGCAUGUGUUUCAACAACGCUUCUCAGGGUAAAUUAUGGCAUUCCUAAAAGAAUUCUCAGCCACUUUGAGCAAGUGAUUUUCCUGCUCUAUUCUUUUAAUGAAGACCGUCCCUUAUUCUGAUAUUAUAUUUAUUAAAAAAGUGACUUCACCAUUCUGUGAGGUGGGUAGAAAUAAGACUAGAGAACUUGUAAUUUCUGAACUGGCUAUUAACUUAUGAUACAAACCGCUGGGUAAAGGGUUUGAGGAAAAUGUAGUGUGGCUGUUCUCCUUCAAACUGUUUGCCCUGAUCCAUUUAUGACUGGUUUUGAUUUUCUGGGGGUCACCAAUUUCUUCUGGGUUUUUAUCAGAAUUUGGCUUUGUUUCCUAUGAUUUUAUCAUAUUUUAAUCGAAAUUCUUUUCUCUGUAUAUAUUUUUAAAGGAAUGGAACAUUUGUAAAUAAAGGUUUUUAUCUUGUCCAAAGCCAAAUAUGGGUGAAGCACUCUUCUUUGUGACAUGUAAUUAACAAAGAGUGAAAUUUCUGUUGGAAAUCAUUUCAUGAGUAGAUAGGUGAGAGAAUCAGUAGGUUGGUAGUAACAGGUCUUGGCUGCAAGGCCCAGAUUUGUGGACCCCAAAGCUAAUAAUGGUCAAGCUCUGAUAUAUAAAAUAAUGUUGGUCAUAAAGGCACUGAUAACUUCUAGUGUGUCCUACUAAUAAAGGUAGCUUGUUAAUGGUUUGUAGGCUUUUUUU